AUGAAUAUAUUGAGAUAUUUUAUUGGUGGUGAGUCAAGACAGGAACUUGUGACGAUUCCUAUGGGUCAAUUUGAUCUUUUGAGGUCUAAGGACUCACCCAAGUCAUCACUUGAAUGUAUUUAUAACGAAGCUAUAUUGACAUUGGUUGAGGUUGAACGGUUCUCUUAUGAGUUAGUUGUUAAUAAGUUGGAAGAAUAUAUUGAUGAUGAGAAUAUUGACGAUCAGGAAGAGUUUGUCGAUGAUGCUAUGAGUGUUUUGUCUGUACAAUCGAAGAAAGAGAAGCAAUGGACUUUCAAGUUAUCAGAGACGUUGGGGUUCCAUAAGAAAUGGAGCCAGAAUGGUGACGUUGAACUGAUAUGGAACAAUUCAUUUGGUGAUGAGUUUGAUGAAGGUGUUCAAUAUAUGGUGUCUUCAGAAGUGCCGGCAAGUGAUAUUGAGCAAUUUGUUGAGAUGGCUUAUAAAUGUUGUUUUGCAACUAAGUUUAGAAGAAAUUUAAAUACUAUAACGUUAGAUGAAAUAAAUUCAAUCGAGGAAAGCUCCCUGAAAUAUGUGACAAAAGGUUUAGAAGACAAAGAAUGUUUAUUGAAUUUAGUACCAGAUGGACAGAAACAAGAAGAUUUGACGUUCGAUGAUUCACAGAUAGGAAAUAUAAGUGAGAUAUACGUCGAUGCCAAUCAGAGUUCGAUAAACAGUAACGUAUAG